GGCGAGUAGCGGAAGUUCCGCCCCGUCGUGAACUGGGACAGCAAGCGCACCUCUUACAGUGUAUGUGUGGCAACAACAUGUCUGUGCCGCUGCUCGCCGAGGCUGUGACGGUGUCUGGGAUGGAGAAGGAGACUGCAGCGGUGAUCUUCCUUCAUGGGUUAGGAGACACAGGGCAUGGGUGGGCAGACACUCUGACGGGGAUCCAGCUGCCUCACGUCAAGUUUAUCUGCCCCCACGCGCCUAAAAUCCCGGUCACUCUCAACAUGAACAUGACGAUGCCCGCAUGGUUUGACCUCAUGGGUCUCACCCCUGACUCUCCAGAGGAUGAAUCUGGAAUCAAGAAGGCAGCAGAAAACAUCAAGGCUAUAGUCGAACAUGAGGCCAAAAACGGAAUCCCCCCAAACCGCAUAAUGCUCGGUGGCUUCUCUCAGGGUGGUGCCUUGUCCCUGUAUACGGCCUUGACCUGCCAGCAUCAGCUGGCCGGUGUUGUGGCCCUCAGCUGCUGGCUUCCUCUUCACAAGAGUUUUCCUUCGAUGUCAGGCGGCAGCAAAAGCCUCCCGAUCCUACAGUGCCACGGCGAGAUGGAUGUCAUGAUCCCCGUGCAGUUCGGUGCCAUGACGGCAGAAAAACUCAAAUCUAUAGUCAACCCUCAGAUGAUCUCCUUCAAAACCUACCCAGGGCUCUCCCACAGCUCCUGUCCUCAGGAAAUGGCAGCUGUAAAGGAAUUUAUCGAGAAGCAUUUGCCCCGGAUCUGACCUCACGUCAUCCCCACUGUGACGCCCCAAGACACUGACCUCUCAUCCCUGAUCUGCCAUUCUCCCACAGGAAACAGCCAUGAACACCCCCCUCCAUUCCACACACACCCAGCAAACACACGCAUGAACACACACUUUUACACAUUUGACUGUAAUGAUUUGCUCAACUAAACUUCCGAUGCUCUUCAGUCUGACAACAAUUAGACCUAACGGAGCUUUUACACUCACAAGUCUUAGCCUUCGGAGGGCGAAACACCGACUUACACAGUGCAUUCACCUUUUAAUUUAAAUUCUCCAUCUUUUGCCUCAAUUUAGUUUUGCGUUUCCAUUUUACCUCAUUUUGCUUAUUUUACCAGCUUCUUUCAACCAGUGCUUCACUGCCAGCUUCCCUCUGUUAUUGCUGUUCGUUACUGGAAAAUCAACUUUCAGGCUGAGUCAGACGAACGGCCGCUCGGUGCUGUUAGUGUCUGCACAGUCAGACUGGAUUUUGCUGCAGAAUCAAUCCCACUUCCUUUUGGUUGAUAGUUCGCAUCACUUCUUGAGUUCAGUCUGAUGAAACCUUUAAGUAUGGGAAGAAACGUUGUCCGCUUGUUACAGGCCUUUUCAUACUCAAGAUACAUGACAUUAACUUCUACAUCCAUCUCAGGGCAUCAGUCAGGCGUACAACAGUGAAGAGUGGCUGUUUCUGCUGUUAUGAUGAUCUGGAAAGUCAGAAUUUCAUCUUAAGUGCAGUAUUUUACUCUUGUUGCUAAGAAACAGCUAACCUGGUACAAAUCAUCUCUGCAGCUGCAGAAUGACAUGAAGAAUUGUGGCCAACAUUCUGUGCUUCAACCUAUUUAUAACAGUCCAUCAGAUUCCUCUUAAAAGCAGAUUAAAUGCUAAAUAACGACCAGCUGAUGCUGACUGUUAAUGCUGCUUCAGGCUUGUCUUGUCAUUUGCUUCAAUAGUGAUUUUUUUCAUUUUAAUCCAAACAGUCAGUUUUCCCAACAUUUCCAGACAAAUGGAAACCAAAUCAUGUCUGAAAUAGACUGUAAACACGAAUAAAUCUGUAUACCACCAGCCAUGCUGACAGCCCCUAACUAUUCUAGUUCUGUGCUCCCUGCUGAGCCAUCCGGUCUGACUGCAGCUGCACUCCAGCACUGGAGCCCCACAUGGCCUCCUUCAGGUGUUGGGAGUGUUGGUUUUCCACCGUUUCCUCCAUUUCACACACCACAGCUUGUCCGGGUCUAACAACAAAGGCUCUUUUUACUCAAAAAAAGUACCCCAUGGGAGCCCCUUCUUUCUUUUUUUCCAUUUUUAUUUGACUUUUUUUUAUUAAUAUGUUAAAUGACCUCAAAUAUGUGAACAAAAUUCAACUGAAAUAAAUGAAAACUAAGGAAUCAA